AUGGCUCGUUAUUUCAGACCAAGGUCCAUAUUGGACGAGUCUAAAUUCACUCGUGAGGGAAUACUCAACUUACAUAACCUACAUCAUUGGGCGCGGAAAGGUGAAAAUCCUAAAUUAAAGAAACUAACACGCUUCCAAAGAAAGUUCUCAGUAAAUGUGUGGGCAGGAGUAAUUAGAAAUAAUGUGAUUGGGCCGCAUUUCUUACCAGACAAUUUAAACGGAGAUAAUUAUUUGGAGUUUCUCCAAAAUGAUUCACCGGAACUCACAUGUAAUUUGCCAAUAAUAGAAGAAGAUAGGCCCAUCAUUUUCCAAAAUGACGGAUGUCCUGCCCACUGGCGCCUGACAGUUAGGGAAUAUUUAAACGAAGUAUUUCCUAAUUCCUGGAUUGGUCGCGACGGUCCUAUACCAUGGCCUCCACGCUCCCCAGACCUUACUCCAAUCGAUUUUUAUGUCUGGGGACGUGCGAAGGAACUCGUCUAUACGGAAGAAAUACAAAGUCGCGACCAUUUGAGAGAGAGGAUUAUUGAUGCAUUCGACCUUUUGAAGCAAGAAAUGCUGAUGGCCACUACGACGACGGAAAUAAGAAAAAGAUAUCGUGUUUGUAUUAGAAAUGGUGGCCAACAAUUUGAACAACUUUUAUAA